GGUUAUUGGAAAAGCAGAUUACUAUAACUGCAGCGUUUUUAAAUCGAGUUGACAAAAACGUACAUAAAGAGACAUUACACAAAUAUACAUAAGUGCAGAUAAUAGUCAUCGACGGAAUACGCAAAUAUUGGCAUUGAUUAUUGGAACAGCAAUCUGAAAUAUUGCGUGGUAAUAAGCAGAAAUUACUCGCAUGUGUGCAUCCUGUCAACAACCAUAAUUGAUUUAUUUAGUUUAAUACGCGCUAGUGAUCAACUCGCUUGACUUUCAACUACCGAUAAGGCAAAUAAAAUCAAGUGAAAUUACACAAUUCUCCAAUAAGUAUAGAUACAAUCAAUUAUAUACAUAUUAUUGUAUAUAUAGUUGCUGUGCAAAUUUAAAAGUUCCUUCAAACUCAACAACGGAGCCGCCGCUACGAGCUGUGAGCUGUGAAAACGAAACUGAAACGGUUAUUCAACCAACAAACUGAAUUGAUUCCGAGGCGAACGCUUAAAGACGACGGUUGGUCGAGCGGGAAAUUGAAAAUAUAAUACAAAUCGUACAAUUCAAAAAGUCUAAGGAAAUAAUUCUGUAAAGAAUACACUACUUUGAGUUAAAGACAUUUCUGUAAAAGUCAACAUCACUAACGGUGAUAAUUAAGCAUUGCAUUAGUUUUUGCAAUAACAACAACAACGUGCAUUUAACAUUGAAACGACGAAGUUGAAAUUUGUGAUUCGUGCAUUUUUUGGUUGUGUUCAAUUUGUUUCUGCAUUUUCAUGAGUGCAAAGUCAAAGACUGCAUUUUGAGCAAAACAAAAGUCAACAAAACAUACGACAUACUAGCAAAGUGUUACGAAAAUAACCGAAACUACUUGUGCAUUCAACAACAACAAAAAUUCACACAAAGAAUUGCAACAGCAAGCAGAAUAAGUGCAGAGUGCAAGCAGAGAAUAGAAAGUAGAAAGCUUUGAAAAAAAACUCUUGCAGCCAAGGAGAUAAACAAGAGGCAGGAACAAUAGCACAAUCAUAUUGUAAAAAAAAUCGCUAAUAAAGUGUAUAUAGCUUACUCAAUUCAAACCUACGCACACACACCCCACAGUACUGCGCAGGUCUUUGUAAAAAACAAAAAAAACAACAACUAAAACUAAAACAAAAAAAAUAUAUUUCAAAGUCACAUAAAGCUUUGAGAGCAUCUAAGUAAAACGUAUUUGUGCGAAAAAGCAUACAUACCUACAAUUUGCAUUGAACUAAUCGCGGAAGCGAACGAAUUGUGAAAAAACCAACACUAGAUACCUCGUAGUGCAAAAGCUAAGCAAAUCGACAGAGAUGGAGAAAGAUUUGAAUGGUGCAAUGCAGAGCCUUGCUAUUAAUAGCAGUGGCAGCGCUAUUGUCAAUGGUUGUUGUCGCGGCACCGACGGCGACGUUAACGGUAAGCUUUCGUGCCACAGUCAGCAACAACAAUUUGACGAUUGCAGCAAGCUGAGCAACAACCAAAACAGCGGUCAUUGCGGCGCAUGCAAGUGUGACGAUAGUACACAGUCAGCGGACGAGACAGAUAACGUACGCGUUGCUAACGGCGCAGUUGGCGGCGUAGCCAAUGUUACAUCCAGUUUCGCGUACAAAUCGGCAUCUGCGCAGCAGCUACAGCAACUUCAGCAGCAGCAACAGCAGCAAGCACAGCCACAAACACCACCGCCACCAUACGCUAACGCUAGUGCCGCGGAAAAACACAAAAUGGUUCACGAGUUAUGUCAGCAAUUAAUAUUAACGGACGAACAGAUCAAGGAAUUAAAUUAUCGCAUCCUGCAUGAGAUCAAGCGUGGCCUCAACAAGGAUACACAUCCCAAAGCCGAUGUCAAGUGCUGGGUAACGUAUGUACAAGAUUUGCCAAAUGGCAAUGAACGUGGCAAAUUCCUUGCCCUCGACCUUGGCGGCACCAACUUCCGUGUGCUGCUCAUCCAUCUGAAGGAGGAGCAUGAUUUCCAAAUGGAAUCACGCAUUUACGCUAUACCACAACACAUCAUGAUCGGUACCGGUCAGCAGUUGUUCGAUCACAUCGCUGAAUGUUUGGCCAGUUUCAUGUCGGAACAUAAUGUGUAUAAGGAGCGCUUGCCAUUGGGUUUCACCUUCUCCUUCCCACUGCAACAGCUGGGUCUGACCAGAGGUCAUUUGUCCACAUGGACGAAGGGUUUCAAUUGCUCCGGUGUAGUUGGUGAAGAUGUUGUGCAACUAUUGAAGGACGCCAUUGCGAGACGUGGUGAUGUACAAAUUGAAAUUUGUGCUAUUCUAAACGAUACCACUGGUACAUUAAUGUCGUGCGCCUGGAAGAAUCAUAAUUGCAAAAUUGGUUUGAUUGUUGGUACCGGUUCCAAUGCUUGCUAUGUGGAGCGUGUCGAAGAAUGUGAAUUGUUCGAAGGCGCAUCUAAUGGCAAAUCACAUAUGCUCAUUAAUACAGAGUGGGGCGCAUUGGGUGAUAACGGUAUGUUGAACUUCCUGCGCACCGAAUUCGAUGAUGAAAUCGACAGACACUCCAUCAAUCCGGGCAAACAACUGUUUGAGAAAAUGAUUUCUGGCAUGUACAUGGGCGAAUUGGUACGUUUGGUGAUAGUUAAGCUGGUCAAAGCAGGUGUACUCUUCAAGGGUCAAGAUUCAGAUGUGUUGAUGACACGCGGCCAAUUCUUCACGAAAUAUGUUUCAGAAAUCGAAGCUGAUGAACCAGACAAUUUCACCAACUGCCGCAUGGUGUUGGACGAAUUGGGCUUGAACGACGCCACCGAUGAGGAUUGCGCCAAUGUCCGUUAUGUCUGCGAAUGUGUCUCAAAGCGUGCUGCGCAUUUGGUAUCUUGCGGUAUUGCGACGCUUAUCAACAAAAUGGACGAAAAACAGGUGACAGUCGGUGUUGACGGUAGCGUAUAUCGUUUCCAUCCGAAAUUCCACACGCUGAUGGUGGAGAAAAUCACAGAACUGAUAAAGCCAGACAUUAGCUUCGACCUGAUGCUGUCCGAAGACGGUUCCGGACGUGGUGCGGCGCUGGUUGCGGCGGUAGCGUGUCGGGAGGACAAUGUCGUCAAAGCGAAGUAAAAGCAAUAGUCCAUUACAAAAAGGAGUUUUAGUAUAGUAUGUGAGUAAGCCGAUUUAGUAAUGAAAGCGAGCGCAAGCUACCAGUGCCCCUCUCCCUCCUAAGCAAAACAUAAAUAUGUAGGUGAAUUAAGCUAACGCUAACACGCCAACAAAACAACAACAGUAAUGUUAAUUCAUAUGAAUGUGACAACCGUCACACAAUUCAAAAAGUAGUAGUAGUGAUGUAAAAACAACAGCAACACAAAACAUUUAAAGCAAAAACAAAGAAAAAACUACGAUGCAGCAGCAAUCACAUGACAUGACGUUUUACGCGCAAACUCAGUGGUGAAAGCAACAAAGUGAUAGAUAUAUAUUAUUAAAACAGGAUACAAAGGAUGGCGAGUAGAUGUGCUGUGCGAUAUACAUAUGUAUAUUAUAUAAUAAUAGUGCAGAGCAACGUGUGAGAGAUGGGGAAGGCCACACGGCAGCCCUCCAAAGCAUGCAGUGAGUGAUGUGACGAGUAUUGCCGCAAAAGUUGUACAGAUAAAUAGGCAGUAGUAGCAGCAACAACAACUUCAGCAAACAGUUGUCACUAGCUAUGUAUAUUUGUUGAUUUUUUUAGUGAUAAAAAUAAAUUAAAAUUAUUUUAACUAUUACAUAAUGUAGAGAAAUAAUUAUACAAAUUUGCACUAUUUUUUGUUUAAGAAAUUCGUUAACUUAUUCCUAUAGCAAAGCGAAAGCGAAUACGAAUUUUAAACAUUGUAAGAUUUGGCACAAAAACGUAUUUUUUAUUUAGUUUUAUGUUGCCUUAGCACCUUUUUAGACUAUUUAGUUGGUUAAAAUUAGCAGCAAAAGACAACUGCGUAAAACUGCUUUAAGGAAAAUAUGUAUGUACGUUCAAGUAGAUUUCGAAAAAAAAAACAAACAAGAACACAAAUGAAUUAUAUACAUUUUAAAACUUGUGCAAAGCGUAGACAUUAAAAUAAAUAAUAUAAAUACAAAAACGUUUAGUUAAUGCCGUUUUACUUUGUAGCAAAGAGAAUCUAAAAAUAUAAACAAAGAAUUGAGUUAAAUAACAAAAAUUAAACAAAAAUAUAUACUAUAUAUAUAUAUGUAUGUAUAACAGCUCGUCACUAACGACCUCCUUUAUUUUCAUUCAUCAACUAAAGAAAUGUUCACUCAUACAUUCAUGAAAUUUGUAAAAAUGCGCAUCCAUAUUAUCUAUAGUCUUAGUUUGUUAGUUAAUAAUAUAUAUACUAUAUAGUUGUAUCAUUUUUUUUAGUUUGUUCCCUUUUUGUUGUAAAUUAAUCUAAAGAAAACAUGCAAAUGACGAAAUUCGUUGAAGCAAAAUUUUAUGAUUAUGAAAACCAAACUUUUUAUUUUUAUUUCGAACUUAAUGUUUUAUUUCGUUUAACUGUUAUGUUAACCCAAGAUAUUCUUUUGCUUUACAUAUUUAUAUACAAAAUGAAACUUAUAAUAUAAAUGUUUACAUAAAAAUACAUACCUAUACAUAUAAUAUAUAAAAAAUAAAUACAAAUUUAAGUUGAAAAACUCAUGAAAGCAACAAAUUGUUACUCAAUGUUGAAACAACUUUGGCUUUGUGACUAGUUUUAAAUUUAUAAAUAUAUAUAAAUACUUUAGAAUCAAAAACUGCAUAAAUAAAUUGGCAAACAAAUGCAUAUUUUUAGAAAAUAUUAAAAACAAGUUUUCUUUUCUGUUUUGAUUUCUAUAAAAGAGGUGUGUGCUGGCUGACUUUUAUUUGCUUUUGGGUGCUAAUUUUGAUUUCGAAAUUCUUUCUUCGGUUGAGUUGAGUUUCUUGGAAAGUGCCAGUUGGGCGUUGAAAUAAGAGGAAAAACGGAAAAUAUUUUAAUAAAAAAAAACAUAAAAUAAAACAAAAUAAAAUUAAAUUAAAUUAAAUAAUAUAAAAAAAAUUAAAAUAAAAUAAUAUAAAAUAAAUGUUAAAAAAAUUUCAAAAAAUAAAAUAAAAUAAUUUAAAUUAAAAAAAGAAAGGAAAUAAAAGGAAUAAAUAAAAAUCUAGAAAAUAGCACAAAAUAAGAUAAAUUAAAAAAAUUAAAUAGAGCGAAUCAAAUAAAAUAUUAAAUGAAAUAAAAUAAAAACAGUAAAUAAAAAAUUACAAUAAUGUUUAAAAAUUAAAUAAAAUCAAUAAACAAAUAAAAUUUAAUAAAAUAAUAUAAAAAGAUUAAAUAAAAUGAUAUAAUAUAAAAAAAUAUAAAUAAACUUAUUUCAAAAAUAAAUUAGAGAAAAAUAAAUAAAUAAACAAUUUAAAAGGAGGUAAAUAAAAUUAUAAAAAUAUAAACAAUAAAUGAAAUUUUAAUGUUCUAAGCUUAUACAUAUAUAUAUAAUAUAACGAUAAAUUUAUUUAAUGUAACAAAUCCAAAAAUUAAAAAAAAAAAUGAGAAAAAUGUUGAGAGCAAAUUAUAAAGUUUCAAAUAUUUUAAAUAUCAAGCAAAACAUGAAAUAGUACUGAAUUGAACAGCAAUAUAAUAAAAAAAAUAAAAAAAUUAGUUUAACAUGAUUGACAAUAGAAUGCUUGAAUGAAGAAUAAAUGUUAAUGAUAAGCUGUACACUCGCCGAUAGGUUUUAAACUGUAAAAUAAUUAUUUAUAAUUAUAAAAAAAAUAAUUAUUUAUAAUUAUUUUUCUGCUAAAUAGAAAAAAAAUUAUAAUUAAAAAAGAAAAAUUUAACAAAAAAAAAUAAUAAAAUAAAAAAUAAAAGAUGAUACAAGAAUAAAAAAUUAAAAAUUAUAAUUUAAUAAAAAAAAUAAAAUAUGAAAUAAAAAAGGAUACAGGAAUAAAAAAAUAAAAUUUUAAUCACAUCAAGUAUUUAAAAAAAAUCGACAGCAAUAACUAUUAAAAAAUAUUGAAAUUGAUUAAAUUAAUUAAAUAAAUUUAAUUUCUUGAUAUUAUUAAAUUAAAAAAAUAAAACAAACCAAAGCAUACCAAAGUUUAAAAACAACUUGAAAAAUUAAAUAAAAUAAAUAUAUGUAUAUAAAUGAUAUAAUAUAUAUAAUAUAUAUAAAUAUACACAAAUAAUAAAAGUCCAAUAAAAUAACUGAAUCAAUAAUAAUUUAAUAGGAAGCUAAAGAAAAAACUGAUUCAAAUCACCAAAAAUAUGACUAAAUAUCACAAGGUACAUACAACACUAAAGUGUUCAAACUUUUUCUAUGUAUAAUUUUAUAUUUAUUUUGUUAAUUUUGUGUAUGUAUGUAAUUUUGCGCCAAACAAUUGCCAUUGACACACUCAUAACGAACAUAUGUAUGUACGUAUUUAACCUUGGUUGAACUUUAUUGUAUUCAAUUAAGCCCACUUCACUUUCUUCAUUUUCGAUAGAUGUACAUAGUAUGUACACAAAAAUAUUUGGUAUGAAUUGGAAAACCAUCCAAAAUAAGCGCACAGAGAAUCAUAUGGGAUACAAGUACACAAGCAUAUGUACAUGUACAUGUAUGUACAUAUAUAUGUAUGUAUAUAUUUAAGUACAUACACAAAGAUAUGUUAUCAUGUGACUAAAAUUGAAAGCAGAAAGUGAAAAAAGUCAUCAUGACAAUAUCGCAAAGAGCAGCAUUCGCCUUUUCAUAACAAAACAAAAGCAAUCCACAAAUACAUAGGAAUGAACAAAAACAUAUAGUGAAUGCAAAUAAAAUUCAACAAAAUAUAUUUUUUCAUAUAAAAUGAAAAAGUUGUAUUUACACAAAUUGUAAAUAUUUAUAAUUAUAAUUUAUGUAACAAAACAACAGUUUUCAGUUGAGUUUUAUGCGGGCUCAUGCGAAAAUAAUCUAAAAAGCCUGCUAGGUUUUGGCAGUGCGUAGCUUCAUAGCUCAAAAGUCACCGCCAAGUUGCAAUAAAUACCGAUUAAAACACACACAAACAUAUGUAGAUAUGUUGAGACGAUAGUUAUUACCAGUUAUCGGCGCCAUAGCCGAAUAAAAAAACAAACAACAGAUCGAAGCGGAACCAGCAUAGCAACAAUAGCAGCAGUAAGAGAUAUUUAUUGAUAAAGUGUACAGCAAAAAUAAAACAAAACUGGUUAUUGUUAAAUAGUAAUUUAAUACGGAAUUUAUAAUUUGCACUUUUUGAAAAUUAAUAUUGUUAUUGUAACAAAAACAAUACGAACAUUCCUCAGUAGAAAUAUUGGAAAAAUGAAAAGAGGUUGGAAGGUAUUGAAUUUAAAUGAGUCUGAUGCGGGUAAAGGCAGCUUCUGCAUUGAGAAGAGGACAUGAAGAGGAUAUGAAGGCAUGUGUGCAAAUUAGUGGUAAUUUCUAUCAUAAUUAAGAUGCAAUACAAAGUAAUGAAAGAGAUGGUUACUAAUUGAUUGAUGUAUUUUCGGUUAGUUAUGCUGUAUUUUUCUUAAUUUUUUCAAAUAUGCUAUAAAUUCUUACAAUAAUAUCAAAAUCACACUAAAUACCACAGCUGUAAAUUUAAAAUCGGCGUUAAUUAUGGUAUUGUAUUGCAGCGAUAAUUACAUUUACCAAAUUGCAAACGAUUUUGUAUGAAACACAAAAUAAUUCCAAUUACAUACUUACUAUAGAAAUGAACUGAACUGAAAAUGAUUACUUGAUUUCGGUUGUGGCACACAGAAUGUGAAUAUGCUUUUGUAAUCUUUUGUGGUAAACAAAACACAAAUUGGUGGAUUGCGCACUAAGAUUGUAUGAGAAGACCCUGUAUGAGUUUAUGAGUAUGUACUAGAUAAUGUAAUGAGCGAAGAUGCUGCAUAGUUAGAGAUAUUGUAAAUUAUAUGAAUGGAAGUGUACGGCAAGAAAUUAUGAAAUAAAGAACGAAAUCUGCUAGGAAUGACAAUUGGCAAAAUUACGAAAUAAAAAGUAAUAUUACAUUGAA